AUGCUAAAUGUAGUGGAAGGCAUUUUCCUUUUUGUUGCAAUUAUGGAGUCCAUCCUGGGAGUUUUAGGGAACGGGUUUAUUGCCCUUGUGUACUUCAUUGACUGUGUCAAGAAGAAGUUCUCUAUGCUUGGCUUUAUUCUCACUGGCUUAGCAAUUUCGAGAAUUUGUCUGAUAUGGAUAAUAAUAAUAGAUGGAUUUAUACAGUUAUUCUCUCUAGAUACAUGUUACUGUGGUAGCCUAAGUGAAUAUGUAAGUUACAUGUGGAUAAUUUCCAAUCAUUCAAGUAUCUGGUUUGCCACCAGCCUCAACACUUUCUAUUUCUUGAAGAUAGCAAACUUUUCCCACUAUCUAUUCCUCUGGUUGAAAAGUAGAAUCAGUAGAAUUCUUCCUCUUCUGAUGGGAUUCUUGCUUAUUUCAUUGUUAAUCACUAUUCUGCAAGUUGGGAAGAAUAUUAAUGAGAAUAAAAUGAGGAACAGAAACACAACCUGGCACAAAAGGGACUUCUUUGUUCAACAAGUUUCAAUAAAUCUGGGAGUCAUCUUCUUCUUUACGCUAUCCUUAAUUCCAUGUUUCCUGUUAAUCAUUUCCCUUUGGAGACACAGGAGGAAGAUGCAAUUGAACAGCACAGGAUUCAGAGACCCCAGCACUGAAGCUCAUGUGAAGGCAAUGAAAGUGCUGAUAUCUUUCAUCAUCCUCUUUAUCUUGCAUUUUGUAGGCUAUGCCAUAGAAAUAUCACAUUAUACUGUCCCAGAAAACAAACUGAUGUUAAUUUUUGGAAUAGCAACCUCGGCCAUCUAUCCCUGGGGUCAUUCAUUUAUCCUAAUUCUAGGAAACAGCAAACUAAAGCAGGCCUCUUUGAGGGUACUGAAGCAAUUGGUGUACUGUGAGAAAGGGGGAAAUUUCAGAGCCACAUAG